AUGCCAGCAAGAAAGCAGUUUAUGUUCACUGGGUCCGAUUGCAGGAUCUUGCCGAAAUCCAUCUGUUCCUGGAAAGAAGCAGCCAAAGAGAUGCUCUACGAGGCACGCAGGCUUCGGGGACCUAAUGAGAACAGGCACCUCCAUAAAUGGGCCUCUUGUUUGUGUUUCUGGGUCUGGACAAAAUUGGUGUCACCCCUUUUGUGUCAGGAGAUUAGCACCCAAACUCAAAGCUGGCAUUCUGGCGAUUACGUUUAUGAACGUCAAGAGGUAUUGAAAAUCAGGUCGGUGAGAGUUAAUGAUUCUGGAGUCUUCAUGUGUUUUGCCAAUAAUACUUUUGGACCAGCAAAUGUCACAGCCACCUUGGAAGUAGUAGAAAAAGGAUUCAUUAACAUUUUUCCCAUGAUGAAUACGACGAUAUUUAUAAAUGAUGGUGAAAACAUAGACUUAGUGGUUGAAUAUGAAGCAUUUCCCAAACCUGAGCAGCUUGAGUGGCUAUAUAUGAAUGGAACAGUAACUGACAAAUGGGAUGAUUAUACCAAGCCUGGAAGUGAGAGCAGUAUCAGGUAUAUAAAUGAACUUCACCUUAACAGAUUAAAGGGAACCGAAGGAGGCCCUUAUAUCUUUUCAGUGUCUAAUUCGGACGUCAGCGCCUCUGUAACAUUUAAUGUUUAUGUAAAAACAAAGCCAGAGAUUCUUACUUCUGACAGACUCAUGAAUGGUCUGCUCCAGUGCGUGGCAGCAGGGUUUCCCAAACCUACAAUAGAUUGGUAUUUUUGUCCAGGAACUGAACAGAGGUGUUCAACAUCUGUUCUGCCAGUGGAUGUGAAGAUAAAUUCAUCUAUGCUAUCACCCUUUGGAAAAAUAGUGAUCGAAAGCACCAUUGAUUCCAGUGCAUUUAAAAACAAUGGCACUGUUGAGUGUAAGGCUUCCAAUGAUGUUGGCAAGAGUUCAGCCUUUUUUAACUUUGCUAUUAAAGAACAAAUCACCUCGCACACACUAUUCACACCUUUACUGAUUGGCUUUGUGAUAGCAGCGGGACUGAUGUGCAUCAUCGUAAUCAUUCUAACCUACAAGUAUUUUCAGAAACCCAUGUACGAAGUUCAGUGGAAAGUCGUGGAAGAGAUAAAUGGAAACAACUAUGUUUACAUAGACCCAACACAACUUCCUUAUGAUCAUAAAUGGGAGUUUCCCAGAAACAGGCUAAGUUUUGGCAAAACACUUGGUGCAGGAGCUUUUGGGAAAGUGGUUGAGGCCACUGCCUAUGGCUUGUUUAAAUCGGAUGCUGCAAUGACUGUCGCUGUGAAGAUGUUGAAACCAAGUGCCCAUUUAACGGAAAGAGAAGCUCUAAUGUCUGAACUAAAGGUCCUGAGUUACCUCGGUAACCACAUGAAUAUAGUGAAUCUUCUUGGAGCAUGCACUAUUGGAGGACCCACAUUGGUCAUUACAGAAUAUUGUUGCUAUGGUGAUCUUUUGAAUUUUUUGAGAAGAAAACGGGACUCAUUUAUUUGCUCAAAGCAUGAAGAUCAUGCAGAAACAACGCUUUAUAAGAACCUUCUGCAGUCAAAGGAGCCUUCAUGUGAUGGAGCUAAUGAAUAUAUGGACAUGAAACCAGGUGUUUCUUAUGUUGUCCCAACCAAAGCUGACAAGAGGAGAUCUGCAAGAAUAGGGUCAUACAUAGAGAGAGAUGUGACAACUGCCAUCAUGGAUGAUGAUGAACUGGCUUUGGACAUUGAAGACCUCUUGAGCUUUUCUUACCAGGUUGCAAAGGGCAUGAGUUUCCUUGCUUCUAAGAAUUGUAUUCAUAGAGACUUGGCAGCCAGAAAUAUCCUACUUACCCAUGGUCGAAUAACAAAAAUCUGUGAUUUUGGCCUGGCCAGAGACAUCAAGAAUGACUCUAAUUAUGUGGUCAAAGGAAAUGCCCGACUACCUGUGAAAUGGAUGGCACCCGAAAGUAUUUUCAACUGUGUUUACACUUUUGAAAGUGACGUCUGGUCCUAUGGCAUCUUUCUGUGGGAGCUCUUCUCUCUAGGAAGCAGUCCGUACCCUGGAAUGCCUGUCGAUUCCAAGUUCUACAAGAUGAUUAAAGAAGGCUUCCGAAUGCUCAGUCCAGAAUGCGCGCCUCCUGAAAUGUACGACAUUAUGAAGAGCUGCUGGAACGCAGAUCCUUUGCAGAGACCGACCUUUAAGCAGAUUGUACAACUCAUUGAGCAGCAGCUCUUGGAUAGUACUAACCAUGUUUACUCCAACAUUACAACCAGCAGCCCCAACCAAGAGAGUCCUGUUGACCAUUCUGUGAGGAUCAAUUCCGUAGGCAGCAGCGCGUCAUCCACUCAGCCUCUGCUUGUCCAUGAAGAUGCCUGAAGUAGAAGGUGUUGGGCCUAGAGGAGUUCGGGCCUGUUCUGCUGGUUUCCGUGACUUUCUUUUGUUCAUCUACUUGCAGGCCACUCUAGCCCAGUGGGUGUGUUGCUAUAAUUCUUUCCCCUGUGAAUACACCAUCAUAGUUUGAAUGGACUCACUCACCCCACAUGCAGGGGCAGAAGCUGUUCAUCUUCUCAGUAAGGAGCUAGCUCGGGGAAAACCCAUAGAAGGCCUGACCCAAAGGAGAGGAGGGUUGAAUGGCAUCCCUUUCUAGGUCUGGCCCACAAAGGAAGGUGGCUACUUGCCGUUUUUUUUUUUUUUUAUUAUUAUUAAUUUUCUUUGUUAGAUAAUAAAUAGACAUAUUUGAUCACUUUUGGCCUUUUUAGUCACAUUUGCAGUUGGGAUUCAAGAGUAGAGUCCCUUGUUGGGGGUACCCCCUUUUUUUCUGCUCCUAAGAGACAUCACAGUUGAGCAUUUCUGUUCAAAUAAUGUCAGGUUAUAGAAGAAGAGGAGUCAGGGAGGGAGGGAAGGCAGGCAAACUAUAUUAAAGUAAUUCCCCAUAACUCCUACUUGCUUGUGCAAAAACUAGAAUUUUCAACUUGGGGGGCGGUUCAUAAGCCUUGGGAAAUGUGUUGCAAACUUCCCAUGUAGGACAGGAAGAAAGGCAUCCCAUCCACAUCAGAAGCUUUCCCUCAUGUCCUCAACGGUGGCAGCUUAGGCAAGGGGACAGACAAGGUGGAUCAGCUGUGUACAGGCCCAGCUAGCAUUUAUAUGGGUUCCUAAAGAUGUUGCCUGUAUAUAUUAGGGGAAAAAUUUCAUACACUCACUUUCAUGCCCAACCCUGGAGCCCUCCCUAAGGGAUGGGGCUCUCUCUUGUAGAGUAGAAACCAUAUAAACAGUUAGUUGUCAUCAUUUUUUUUUCUUUUUCUAAAAGGAAAAAAAGCACAGUCCUAUGAAUCUCUUUUUUAAAACCUGUUGACUUGCUGUACAGAUUUCCCAUAAAUAGCCUGCGAAUCCUAGAAUGGCCUGGUAGCUGAUGCAUUGGCCGCCAUUUGCAAUAUCUCCUUUGCCCACCUCUAUUGCAUGACGUCUGCGGGCAUGAGAAAGCGAGCUAUUUCCUACGGAUCCUUAAUGUAGCAGGAAAACAAAUUUAGAUUCAGCCUCAUUUACAGGCAUGCCCUGGACCUCGGGCCAGUAUAUAUUAUAUAUAAAGAUGUACGUGUGUAUGUGUAUGUAUAGAUAAUCUAUUUUGAGGAUAACCCAGCCCUGAGUCCAAGAUGGUACUCAGGUGUUCCCCAAAGCAGCCUUUGCUUCCCUCCAAAGUACUGCCUUUGCUUUUGCUUCAUCCAUCUGUUCACAAUGGAUUACCCAAAGCACAGAGAGAAGAGAACCUAAAAUACCUAUUUACAAUCCGUUUGCACUUGAGACGGCCUGUUAUUUAUAUACCCAACCUAGUAUACCAGUCUUGGAGGCCUCCCUUGGCCUCCUUUUCUGCUCUGGGUCCCACUGAACUGGUGAGAAUUCUAUUUACAUUUGACCAUUUCAUCUCUAGCACAAGUAUUGGAUAUUUUUCUCCAGUGCCCAUUUCUAGAAACUCCAUCCUGGCCCAGAUAAAAUAACUCUUAAAUGAAUAUAAUACAGGUUUUAAGCAAGAAUUCCCAUUGGUCUCCAUUGUAUUCCUUCUUCUCCUCCUCAGACCUUUGACUACACUUCUUGGCAGAUCUCUGGUCAUUGAGAGGAAAACGACCAUUUGCACUGGACUUGUCCAUGCUGUUUCUAAAAGCUGGCAAGUUCUUUGGGGGUAAUUGUUAUGCAGACAGAUAGUCUUGGACCUUAUUUUCAUCAUCAGAACCUUCCUUCCCAUAGCAUCAUCUUUUAUUAUAUUCGUUAUGGUAGGAAAAAAAAUCAGUUGCUUAUUGUAGAUAUCUAGGUACUUCAGGGGCACUUCUUUGAAAGUUUUGUCUCAGAUAUCCACGAAAGGUUAUAUUUUUAUAAUUUUUUUUUAAUUUUUAAAUCAAACGUUACUUUGCAGUGGCUGGAUGUUUAAAAUUGUUUUGUGGCAUUUUAUGUAAAUAUUGAGAUGUAGCAAUAAUGUCUUUUGAAUAUUCCCAAAUCCUUAAGUCCUUGAAAAUAUUUUUUUAUAUAUAUAUAUUAAAAAUACAGUAACUUUAUGUAUAAAUAUGUACGUGGUGCAAGUUUAAAGGAUAUUGUUCUAUGUUUCUGUUUUUGUUUUGUUUUGGUUAUGUUGCCCAAUUGUUGACAGUUCAGAAGAAUUCU